GACACCCAUGGAGAAGUUGAUGGUGAUAAUGAAUUUCUUGGAUUUAAAAAGUCCGCUGGAUUGCCUCCAUAUUCAAUAAUAGCUGAUGCACAACUAUCCAGAAACAUGAAGUGGGAUACUUUUAGACCUUCACAAUCCUCAUUUUUUUUCAAAAAAGCAUUAUAUAAUUGGUAUGAAAUUUUGAAUAUGUUAACAUUAUUAUUAUCAUCAUCUAUCUAA